AUGUACGACAGCCAGAGGAAAGAGCGUCUGACCUUUUUCAAGGCAGAGGUACAACCAAAGCAUGCCGAUGUUCUACUCUUCGCAUGUUGCCUCUGUUCGGGCCUUGUCGAUAGCACGCUCUAUAACGGCAAUACUAUCUUCGUCGGUUUAGGAGCCUCCAACCAGAACCCCCGUCCUUACGGCUGGGCUCGCUCCCUCACUUCAAUCGGUUGCUUCAUCAUAGGCUCAUUCAUCUUCGCCCGCCUGAACCGUCUCUUUGGUGCAAAGAAAAGGGGGACAUUGAUUCUCUCAUUCUGCCUACAAGUUAUUAUGCUGAUUCUCACGGCGUGUCUCGUGCAGAGUGGCGUCAUUUCGGGGCUUCCUCUGCACAAUGUGAAUACCGCAGAGCCAGAUUGGACCCAGGAAGUACCCAUCGUACUCCUUAGUAUCCAAUCUGCAGGACAAAUAGUUGCCAGUCGAGCUCUUGGGUAUAACGAGAUCCCGACUGUUGUGAUUACAAGCCUCCUCUGUGACCUGAUGUCUGACCCGAAGCUUUUCCUUCUACGGAACGAGAAGCGGGAUCGCAGGGUUAUUGCUUUUGUGCUGACUCUUGUUGGGGCCAUUGCAGGUGGUUGGAUCACCAAGGGUACGGGAGAUAUCUACGCUGCUCUGUGGAUUGCAGCAGGUAUUAAGCUUGGUAUUGCAAGUGCAUGGAUGUUCUGGAAGGAGGAAUUGGACUUGUCAACUUAA